AUGGAGAAAGGAGAGGGAGGAAGGAGAAAGGAGAGGGAAGGAGAAGAAAGGAGAGGGAGUGGGGGAGAAAGGGAAGGGAGGGAAGGAGAGAAAGGAGAGGGAGGGAGGAGACAGGAGAGGGAGGGGAAGGAAAAAGGAGGAGGGAUGGAGGAGGGAAAAGGAGAGGGAGGAAGAGUAAGGAGAGGGAUUGAAGAGAAAGGAGAGGGAGGGAAGGAGAAGGAGAGGGAAAAGGGAAGGAGAAGGAGAGGAAGUGAAGGGAAAAAGGAGAGGGAGGAAGAAAGAAAGGAGAGGGAGUGAAGGGAGGGAGAGGGAGUGAAGAAGAAAAGGAGAGGGAGGGAAGGAGGGGAGAGGGAGGAAAAAGAAAAGGAGAGGGAGUGAAGGAGAAAGGAGAGGGAAGUGAAGGAAAGAGGGGGGAGUGAAGAAGACAGGAGAGGGAGUGAAGGAGAAAGGAGAGGGAGUGAAGGAGAAAGGAGAGGGAGUGAAGAAGACAGGAGAGGGAGUGGAGGAGAAAGGAGAGGGAGUGGAGGAGAAAGGAGAGGGAGUGAAGGAGAUAGGAGAGGGAGUGAAGUGUGGAAGAAGGACAGAAUGAGCGGCAGCCAGAGUGAAAAAAGGUGAAAGAGAGAUGGGCACAUAAACAAAGAAAGGCACGUGAAAGUGCCAAAUGUCCAAACCCCAGAGAGCCCAGUUUCUGUGCGUAUUGCUUUCAGGAUAGCGUGCUGAUGUGAGCUUGUUGUUCUCCCUCUGUGUCUGCAGCAACCAUGAAGAAAAGCAGUGUCCUGUUUCCCAGUGGGAAUGGGCUGAACAUGAAUGGGAUGAAUGCCACAAACUUCUCCGAGGGGGACCUACUGCUCCAGGUACAACGCGGCACAGUACAGACAGACAGAGAGCAGUUCAGAAAAGCACAGAAUGGUGCAGUUUGGGUUGGGCCCAUAGUGUGUAAAUGUCCUGACUGACUGACAGACAUCUCAGCGCCCAGAACCAAAUCUUCUGUGGGCGCUGGCCAGUUUUGAAUGUUUAAAGUCAUGAGAGACUACUGGCUGGCAGACGAGUAGGUAAAGACCCAGACAUUGUUCAUGUGUUUGUUAAUCCAGGUGGAUUGAGUUAUAAUCCAGGACCAUCCAUUUAGCAGGAAGUUCUGACAGGUGAAAUAGGUUGUCCUGGUACUUCAUGCCAAGGCCUGGUCAUGGUUUGCUACGCUAAACAAAGCAAAUGCUCCCCCAGUGCUCUAGCACACUGUUUACUCAGAUGUCAGGUACAUUUUCACACCAAGCAAUGCCUGGCAUGUUUGUUAUUCCUCUCAUGAUGGAGGCUGAUAUGAUCAUCAGUCAAUGCAGAGGGAUCUGUGAUAGAUAGUAAACAGGUUGCCAGAUUACAAUACCCCCAUAGUAAACAGGUUGCCAGAUUACAAUACCCCGUAGUAAACAGGUUGCCAGAUUACAAUACCCCGUAGUAAACAGGUUGCCAGAUUAUAAUACCCCGUAGUAAACAGGUUGCCAGAUUAUAAUACCCCGUAGUAAACAGGUUGCCAGAUUAUAAUACCCCCAUAGUAAACAGGUUGCCAGAUUAUAAUACCCCCAUAUUAAACAGGUUGCCAGAUUAUAGUACCCCCGUAGUAAACAGGUUGCCAGAUUAUAAUACCCCCAUAGUAAACAGGUUGCCAGAUUACAAUACCCCGUAGUAAACAGGUUGCCAGAUUAUAAUACCCCCAUAGUAAACAGGUUGCCAGAUUACAAUACCCCGUAGUAAACAGGUUGCCAGAUUAUAAUACCCCCAUAGUAAACAGGUUGCCAGAUUAUAAUACCCCCAUAUUAAACAGGUUGCCAGAUUAUAGUACCCCCGUAGUAAAACAGGUUGCCAGAUUAUAAUACCCCCAUAGUAAACAGGUUGCCAGAUUACAAUACCCCGUAGUAAACAGGUUGCCAGAUUAUAAUACCCCCAUAGUAAACAGGUUACCAGAUUACAAUACCCGUAGUAAACAGGUUGCCAGAUUAUAAUACCCCCGUAGUAAACAGGUUGCCAGAUUAUAAUACCCCCAUAGUAAACAGGUUGCCAGAUUAUAGUACCCCCGUAGUAUACAGGUUGCCAGAUUAUAAUACCCCCAUAGUAAACAGGUUGCCAGAUUAUAAUACCCCCAUAGUAAACAGGUUGCCAGAUUACAAUAACCCGUAGUAAACAGGUUGCCAGAUUACAAUACCCCGUAGUAAACAGGUUGCCAGAUUAUAAUACCCCCAUAGUAAACAGGUUGCCAGAUUAUAAUACCCCCAUAGUAAACAGGUUGCCAGAUUAUAAUACCCCCAUAGUAAACAGGCUGCCAGAUUACAAUACCCCGUAGUAAACAGGUUGCCAGAUUAUAAUACCCCCAUAGUAAACAGGUUGCCAGAUUAUAAUACCCCCGUAGUAAACAGGUUGCCAGAUUAUAAUACCCCCCACCAUAAACAGGUUUCCAGAUUAUAAUACCCCCAUAGUAAACAGGUUGCCAGAUUAUAAUACCCCCGUAGUAAACAGGUUGCCAGAUUAUAAUACCCCCCACAAUAAACAUGUUUCCAGAUUAUAAUACCCCCGUAGUAAACAGGUUGCCAGAUUAUAAUACCCCCACCAUAAACAGGUUUCCAGAUUAUAAAACCCCCAGAUGAACAAAAUGUCUUCUUUAAUGCAACACAAAUUGAUGCGUUUGUUUAUGUAGCUCGUCUGGAGCAGUGAAAGUGUGAUGUGUUAUAUAGUGAGAGGAUUAUUGGUGUUUGAGUGUGCGUUACUGUAUUAACAUUGUAUCUGGUCUUGCAGGCUCUGAAUGGCUUUGUGAUGGUGGUCACAGCUGAGGGACAUGUGUUCUAUGCCUCUGCUACUAUCCAAGACUACCUGGGCUUCCAUCAGGUAACUACUACACCAUCUGGAACAUAACACAAGUGUAACAAUGUUUACAUUUGACAUUUUAGUCAUUUAGCAGAUGCUUUCAUCCAGAGCGAUUUAGGGUAUUGAGUACAUACAUGUUCGUACUUUAUCAUAGUGGGAAUCGAACCCACAACCCUAGCGUUGCAAGCGCAUGCUCUACCAACUGAGACACAUGGGACAUCACAUCAUAUAUGUAACACAACACAACUGUAACAACAUCACAUCUGUAAACCAUAGUCGUCAUCACUGAAUAAUCUCUCUUAAUAAAACCCUGCUGGAAAAAAAGAGAGAAUUAUCAUGAAGAUUGAUAUUGAGAUACAAAGACAAGACAUUUGAAUGGAGAAAGCAGAUUACCAGGGAACAGCCGUACAGCAGUAAAUGUAGGAAUUAGGGGGAUAAAAUUUGGCUUUUGUUGAAUCUUUGCUCUGGAUAGUUGAAUCCCUUUGAGAAUCAACCUUAUAAGACACAGAGAGCCAAGAGAAACAUGUUGUUAACCAGAUCAACGUUCUAAGGCACAGAGAGCCAAUUAGUAUUUGGUAGCAUUGCCUUUAAAAAAGUUUAACUUGGGUCAAACGUUUUGGGUAGCCUUCCACAAGCCUCCCACAAUUAGUUGGGUGAAUUUUGGCCCAUUCCUCCUGACAGAGCUGGUGUAACUGAGUCAGGUUUGUAGGCCUCCUUGCUCACACACGCUUUUUCAGUUCUGCCCACAAAUGUUCUAUAGGAUUGAGGUCAGGGCUUUGUGAUGGCCACUCCAAUACCUUGACUUUGUUGUCCUUAAGCCAUUUUGCCACAACUUUGGAAGUAUUCUUGGGGUCAUUGUCCAUUUGGAGACCCAUUUGCGACCAAGCUUUAACUUCCUGACUGAUGUCUUGAGAUGUUGCUUCAAUAAUAAUAAUAAUAAUAAUAAUAUGCCAUUUAGCAGACGCUUUUAUCCAAAGCGACUUACAGUCAUGCGUGCAUACAUUUUUUUUUUGUGUAUGGGUGGUCCCGGGGAUCGAACCCACUACCUUGGCGUUACAAGCGCCGUGCUCUACCAGCUGAGCUACAGAGGACCACCCCCAUCAAUAUAUCCACAUAAUUUUUCUUCCUCAUGAUGCCAUCUGUUUUGUGAAGUGCACCAGUCCCUCCUGCAGCAAAGCAUCCCCACAGCAUGAUGCUGCCACCCCCGUGCUUCACGGUUGGGAUGGUAUUCUUCGGCUUGCAAGCAUCCCCCAUUUUCCUCCAAACAUAACGAUGGUCAUUAUGGCCAAACAGUUCCAUUUUUGUUUCAUCAGACCAGAGGACAUUUCUCCAAAAAGUACGAUCUUUGUCCCCAUGUGCAGUUGCAAACCGUAGUCUGGUUUUUUAUGGCGGUUUUGGAGCAGUGGCUUUUUCCUUGCUGAGCGGCCUUUCAGGUUAUGUCGAUAUAGGACUCGUUUUACUGUGGAGACUUGUGGAGGUCUACAAUUUCUUUUCUGUGGUCUUGGCUGAUUUCUUUUGAUUUUCCCAUGAUGUCAAGCAAAUAGGUACUGAGUUUGAAGGUAGGCCUUGAAAUACAUCCACAGGUACACCUCCAAUUGAUUCAAAUAAUGUCAAUUAGCCUAUCAGAAGCUUCUAAAGCCAUGACAUAAUUUUCUGUAAUUUUCCAAGCUGUUUAAAGGCACAGUCAACUUAGUGUAUGUAAACUUUCUGACCCACUGGAAUUGUGAUACAGUGAAUUAUAAGUGAAAUAAUCUGUCUGUAAACAAUUGUUGGAAAAAUUACUUGUGUCAUGCACAAAGUAGAUGUCCUUACCGACUUGCCAAAACUAUAGUUUGUUAACAAGAAAUGUCUGUUAUUAUCUCUGCUGCAUCUAUAUGGUUCCACAAAGCCCACAAGAAAGUGACGCGCAGCUGCGGUAAUGCUUUGGUCCUCUGUCAUUGCUGCCACAUCCAGAUUUUACGAUUACAGACCUUUAACACAGACCUGAGGCGUACAUUUGGAAAUAUAUGUGGCUAACCCUAAGUAGCCAAUGUUGUAGUAACUUGCAACCAAGCAUACUGUACAUAGAACCGGGACGUCUUUUAACAAAAAUAGAUAAAAGAUUAUGAAUAAUCAUACCGGCUUUACAGUUAUUGUUCUCCCCAACCAAUAUAGUUAUGGGUUGUCCCCUUCAUUACAUUUAUACACUAAAGGGUAUUUUCAGUGCUGACAGGUAACUGUGGGUCUUAAUACCCUGCUUUGUAGUUUACUUUGACCCUUUAUGAGUUGUCACUCAUGGACUGUCCCCACAGGGUGAUCAGCACAACAGACACACAGGGCUUACUGUGUUUCCCACUUAGGCCAUGAAUCACAAGACCAACAGUAUAGAAGUUGGAUUAUAGUUAGGGUUAUGUUUCUUUCAAAGCCAUUCACAUUCAUUUUUCUUACAUUUUAGUCAUUUAGCAGACGCUCUUAUCCAGAGUGAUUUACAGUUAGUGAGUGCAUACAUUAUUUUUUUGUUGUUUUCAUACCCCCCGUGGGAAUCAAACCAACAACCCUGGCGUUGCAAACACCAUGCUCUACCAACUGAGCUACAUCCCUACAUUCGUUUUCAGCAGAAAUUCAUUGUUUCAGUUAAUUCAGUUUGACCAAGGGAAAAUGCGUCGUCUGACUGAUGGUCUAUGUGCAAUGUGAUGUUACUCUGUCGUUUCCAGCUUCCAAGAGUCCACUUUGGCUUUGACCACAAACCACGUAGUUCCUUUUGUUCUGAGAGAAACUUCUAAGUAACAAGUGAAUCACAUGAAACCAGGAACAAACAGUGUCCAGCGCCCACUUCAGACUUUUGGCUUCAGGGUUUGUUUGCUUAAUAACAGACGUGCUUUCGUAAGACUUCAUAAGCUGAGGUCUGUUACAAUUGCCGUUAUAGUUUUCCAGGGGUGGGCAACACAGUGGCAAGUCCUACUAAAGUCCUAUUAGUUGUCCAUUCCAGUGGAGACUACGUGUGAAGUACACGUCAUUAAGUAGUCCUAAUAUGGCUUGUAGACACCAUUAUUAUUAUGCGUCUACCAUAAUAAUGGAGGCUACAGCCAUAGUGAUAAACUAGACAUAACUUUAAUGGAGUUGAGUUUGCCUUCUCUCUCUGUCUGUCUGUAGUCAGAUGUGGUCCACCAGAGUGUGUUUGAGCUAAUCCACACAGACGACAGAGCCAUGUUCAGACGACAGCUUCACUUUGCCCUCAACCCCAAGGCCUUUGACCCAGAGCAGGGAGGAGACGGUGAGUGACCUGGAGGGAAUGGGUUGUGGACAGUUUGGGUCGUUUUUUCAGUGGAUUUUAGUGUACGUCAUCGAUUGAAGUCAAUGGGAGCAUGUUCGAGCUAGGUGUGUUUAUUUCAAGUUAUGAUUUGGCCCAUGUUUUUGAUGAUAAGCUCUCAUUUCACAAUCUUUCACCACAUGUUCAGGCAUGGAGAGCAGCAGUGACAUCACCAGGAACAUCGUGAGCUAUAACCCUGAGCAGCUCCCACCAGAGAACUCCUCCUUCCUGGAGAGGAACUUUGUGUGUCGCUUCCGCUGCCUCCUGGACAACUCCUCUGGCUUCCUGGUGAGUCUCUCAUCUAUAGGGCUGUAGAGAAAACAUCCACUUUUUAUUGUCAACAGAAAGUACUUCAUACACUGUAUUGUGCCAAAAGAACACACACCAGCACUGUUGAAGAAUAUGACAGUAUGACAUGAGUGGUGGAUCUUGGCAAAGUUUGGCAAAGCUUUUUAUACAAUUAAUCACUAGCCACGUUUCAGAUCAAUCACUAGCGAAGUUUCAGAUCAAUCACUAGCGAAGUUUCAGAUCAAUCACUAGCGAAGUUUCAGAUCAAUCACUAGCGAAGUUUCAGAUCAAUCACUAGCGAAGUUUCAGAUCAAUCACUAGCGAAGUUUCAGAUCAAUCACUAGCCACGUUUCAGAUCAAUCACUAGCCACGUUUCAGAUCAAUCACUAGCCACGUUUCAGAUCAAUCACUAGCCAAGUUUCAGAUCAAUCACUAGCCAAGUUUCAGAUCAAUCACUAGCCACGUUUCAGAUCAAUCACUAGCCAAGUUUCAGAUCAAUCACUAGCCAAGUUUCAGAUCAAUCACUAGCCAAGUUUCAGAUCAAUCACUAGCGAAGUUUCAGAUCAAUCACUAGAGAAGUUUCAGAUCAAUCACUAGCAAAGUUUCAGAUCAAUCACUAGCUAAGUUUCAGAUCAAUCACUAGCUAAGUUUCAGAUCAAUCACUAGCUAAGUUUCAGAUCAAUCACUAGCGAAGUUUCAGAGUCUAACAUCCCUUUGCUCUCCUCAUAUCCAGGCUCUGAACUUCCAGGGGCGUCUGAAGUUCCUCCAUGGCCAGAGCAUGCUGGGGGAAGACGGGACGCUCAGCCAGCCCAGAUUGGGCCUGUUCACCAUCGCCACCCCUGUCCAGACCCCGUCCAUAUUAGAGAUCAGGACCAAGACAAUCUUCUUCCAGACCAAACACAAGCUUGACUUCACCCCCACGGGUGUCGAUGCCAGGUGACUCUAAAGGCCUGAAACUAAUUCUCACUCAGUCCAAGUUGGCAGGCUAGGCCUACAUUUAGGAAGGAAGUAUGGUAGUAUUUAUUCUAAGAGCCUUGAUCAAAUGUAGGACUUGAUCAAACUGGGACUGUUUUUAAAAUGUCACUAUUUCACUUUUUCUAUUCAACAUGUUUUGAGGGAUGACUUCACAGGUGAACAUGAUGUGUAAUGUUCUGUACUUUCCACUAACGCUAACAUGGUGUGGCCUGCCCUGUUGUCUCUCUACAGGGGGAAGGUUGUCCUGGGAUACUCAGAGAUGGAGUUGUGUAUGAGAGGCUCUGGGUAUCAGUUCAUCCACGCUGCUGAUAUGAUGUACUGUGCAGACAACCACGUCAGAAGUAAGUUGACUAUUUCUUCAUAGUUCAUAAUAACUCUCUAGCGAUUACUUGUUUGAUCAAUAUUUUUGUAUGCUUAUCUAAUGGUAUGAAUAUUCUUGCCUCAGUGAUUAAGACAGGAGAGAGUGGUCUGACCACGUUCAGACUGCUGCAGAAGACUGGGUGCUGGGUCUGGGUCCAGGCAAACGCCAGGCUCGUCUACAAAGGAGGAAGGCCCGACUUCAUCAUCGCACGCCAGAGAGCUUUACUGUGAGUAAUUCAUAUUUUAAUAUACAUCCGUCUGCAUCAUCAUUUACUCUCAUUUCAUUGUGUCUCAAAAUAAAUGAUUGUAAAUUGAUAUCCAUUAAUUAAACAUAUACAGUUGUAGUCAGAAGUUUACAUACACUUAGGUUGGAGUCAUUAAAACUCGUUUUUCAACCAUGUCACGAGAAUUUCUAUCUCUAAUUCAACCUAAGCUUGAAUCAUUACCAGAGGUUGUAAGGCUCUGGUUUUAAUCAUAAAUGAUUCAAGGUCCACAACCAGCAAGAAUGAUCUGUCUUUUUAUUCAUGGAGAGCUCUGGCGCCAAAAACCCAUACAUACUGUUUUAUACCCCUUGACACACAAAGGCACUUUGCUCCACCCACCUUUAGGAGGCUUUUUUUAACCCCUUUUCUCAGUCCCCUUCACCCUGGAAUGUUUAGUCCCGCCCCCCUCUGUUAGUGGGUUGCCACUACAUUAUAACUCUAACACCGUUCACACAUUUAUACUGUAUUUGGGGUGAAAUCCUUUAGUCAUUAUUCUUCAAAUACAAAUUAAUCUAACAAUCCACCCCUUUGACUAAAUGUUUUCACAUUCAGGAUAAAUGUAUUUUACAAGCAUGAUUAAUCUCAGAGAUUACGUCAGAACUAAUAAACAUUUCAUCCAAUUGCGGUCUUUCAGGGUCCAAAUCCUCGUCAUCCACCAAGCCUGGAGGAUCGUUUUUCACAUUCCCCUGGUCAGAGUCCGGAGUCAGUCCAUCUCUCAUCAUUGUUUAGAUACUGCAUUUCACCAACGCCUGACUCACCAAUCCUCGGACACAGGGAACAAGACAACAACCACAUAAUACAAGAAUACCCAUACAAACACUGACCGCUCCUAAGAUGGUGGCUGCUAUGGUUUUCCAUUUACCAAACAUUUCAUCAAACCACCCUAUCCACGAUGUACUAACUUCUGAGUUCUCAGUUCAUUCUUCACUUAGUGCAGUUAAUUCUGUAAGAGCUCUGGUGACUGUCCCAUCCAGUGUGGUGUUGUUAGGAAUAAAUGUGCAACAAUGGCUUAUCAUUCUAUAGACGCCGGCCCUUUCUGCCUGAUCUAGAACCAACCUCUACUAAGUUAUGAGCGGGAUGGCGGAUAAUCACUCGGAGAUCCCCUUUACUGCAUCUCUAGUCUGGUCAAUAAAUCGUUGUUGGUUGUAAUAGAUAUAAUUUAUCCAAUCCACAUUCUUGUUUAUUGUUACCCACCAGAAAAAUGUUGUGGUAAAACCCUCCCAUAUUUGAUUCAUAGCUUUGUAUUCGUCUGGAACACCCCUGGGGAUGCCUAUACCAUCUAUCCAAAUUGGGCUAUUUCCUUCCUGACCUAUAUUUCUCCUCCUCCUGAUUAUUCUUCCUGUCACUGGUCUUUGAUGACUAAUUCUUACAGGUUUGGACCAACAAUACUGGUGCACAAGUACCCACCCAUCCUUCUGGUAAUGUCUGUCGAAUGCUCCCUUUGUUAGUACAUGCCCACCACACAUCAGUCAGAGGGAUGGUAAGGUUCAUAAUUUUUCCCCUCCCUUCCUUAUCUAAAUCAGUCACAUGAAUUAUCUCCUCACAGCCAUCAAAAUCACCCAAGUUACGGGUGCCAUUUCUAUGUCUGUAACACUGGUAUUCGCCAGGAGUUAAAGUGAAUCUAGGUGGGAUGGCCGAGUAAGUCAACUUUGCCAGCCAAAUCCCUGUGCAAUUGGGCUCUUUUUGAUUGGACCCCAGGUCUAAUACACAGGGAAACAUUGCCUUUGGCAUUGGGUCGGUCAACAUUGUCGGUCGCCCAAUGGAGCAUACAUAACAAUCGGUCUCCCCAAGGCCCUAGCGGUGUACUUCAUCCACUUUAACCAGAGAUUCUCAUCAGGGACCCCCUCCACUUCCCCUUGGUUCCAUUCUUGGAGGAGAAAAUAUUUUAUAGUGGACGGGUUAGUCGAAUUGACUCCGUCAUCCCUUGACUGAUCUACUCGGUCUAUUGCUAUUAAUGGAUUAAUGACAGUACCUGUGCCCUUCAUAUCUUUUGACUCCAUCAAAUGUAAUCUUAGACAAGUAUCCCGUCCGUAUUCGUCCGCGCAAGCCCAGUAAGUUAUUUUCAUGUCCUCUUUAGUGACCUUUACUAUUGUUACUACCAUCUCCGUGGGGAUGUCGUUAUACCUUCUUAUCCUCCAUCUGGACAUCCAGCCCCCCCGUCCCCCAGUAUGUCUAAAUACCUGAGCCCAGGAACAAUCCGCCGAGGGAGCUGAACAUAAAUACAAUGGGAUUUUAUAAUCCCACGUUGCUUGCUUAUCCGUCCUGAUAAGAUCCCUAAUCCUAAUUUUGAAUCUUACUCCCCACCCUUCUCUGACUCCUAUUUUGUAGAUCACUCGUCCUUGACGGUCAGUAUGUCGGGUCGCUUCCCUUUUAUUUCUUAAUAAUGGUAAGGCCAUAGCGUAAUUGGUGCGAGGUGGUGGUGGAUCUUGACAUACCAAGACUAUGAUGCAGCUCAGGGUCACCCAUAUUCCCAAAAACCGCCAACCCUCUCCUGCCUUUAGUCCUUCUGCUUGGUACCACCCCAUACUCACACCCUAAGAACACACUACAGUGAUGAUAGGUCGGGGUGGACUGGACUGGAGACACGCACCACUGGUUUGGUGCGAGGAGCAGGAACAACCCGUCCUGGCUGAACGCUCAUUGUAGCCCAGCAAGAGCGGGGCGCAGGCACCAAGCGCACCGGGCUGUGAAUGUGCACUGGAGAUACAGUGCGUAUCACAGCAUAACAGGGUGCCUGAACGGUCCCACGCUCCUUAACACGAGUGCGGGGAGUUGGCUCUACUCUGAAACCUAGCUCAGCCAGCCUCUGCUCUAAGGACUGCGUUCUCCUUUUCUCUAGGGUUAAUUCCUCUCUCAGCUCCUCCUGUUGCCUAGCCAACUCCUCUCUCCGUGCAUCCACUGACUCCUUCUCCCUGUGGGCCUCCUGCAGCGCCUCCUUCUGAAGGGAGAGCUCCUGCUCCCUCUUCUCUUUCAGCCCCCGUAAGGUGGUGGUCUCCUCUCUCAGAGUGCUGAGCUGCAGGUCUUUCAGGGCCUCCUGCUGCUUCGCCCACCACCCCGUGUGCCCCCCCCAAUUUGUUUUAUUGGGGCUGCCUCUUGGGCUUCCUUAGCGGUCGGCACAGUCGGCAUCGCCGUUGAUCCUCUCCUGCCUGGGCUUCUUCCUUUGCAGAGGGUCCUUUACCGGCUAAUAUCUCCUCCCAUGUCCAAAAUGUCUUCCCCACCUGUGUCCAGGGUGUCAUCUCCUCCUGGCCACGCUGCUUGGUCCGUUGGUGGUGGGAUCUUCUGUCACAUUUGUCGUAUAAAGGAUUGGACCAGGUGCAGCGUGGUAUGCGUACAUAGUCUAGUCCUGCCAUCCAGGACCUCUAUACCUGGCAGUGUCAGAUGAAGGCCCUCAAAAUUGUCAAAGACUCCUCCAGCCACCCUAGUCAUAGACUGUUCUCUCUGCUACCGCACGGCAAGCGGUACCGGAGUGCCAAGUCUAGGUCCAAAAGACUUCUCAACAGCUUCUACCCCCAAGCCAUCUGUACAAACAAUAGUACGCAAGUAUAAACACCAUGGGACCACGCAGUCGUCAUACCGCUCAGGAAGGAGACGCGUUCUGUCUCCUAGAGAUGAACGUACUUUGGUGCGAAAAGUGCAAAUCAAUCCCAGAACAACAGCAAAGGACCUUGUGAAGAUUCUGGAGGAAACAGGUACAAAAGUAUCUAUAUCCACAGUAAAACUAGUCCUAGAGCGACAUAACCUGAAAGGCCGCUCAGCAAGGAAGAAGCCACUUGCUCCAAAACCGCCAUAAAAAAGCCAGACUACGGUUUGCAACUGCACAUGGGGACAAAGAUCGUACUUUUUGGAGAAAUGUCCUCUAGUCUAAUGAAACAAAAAUAGAAGUGUUUGGCCAUAAUGACCAUCGUUAUGUUAGGAGGAAAAAGGGGGAUGCUUGCAAGCCGAAGAAUACCAUCCCAACCGUGAAGCACGGGGGUGGCAGCAUCAUGCUGUGGGGGUGCUUUGCUGCAGGAGGGACUGGUGCACUUCACAAAACAGAUGGCAUCAUGAGGAAGGAAAAUUAUGUGGAUAUAUUGAAGCAACAUCUCAAGACAUCAGUCAGGAAGUUAAAGCUUGGUCGCAAAUGGGUCUUCCAAAUGGACAAUGACCCCAAGCAUACUUCCAAAGUUGUGGCAAAAUGGCUUAAGGACAACAAAGUCAAGGUAGUGGAGUGGCCAUCACAAAGCCCUGACCUCAAUUCUAUAGAACAUUUGUGGGUAGAACUGAAAAAGCGUGUUGAGCAAGGAGGCCUACAAACCUGACUCAGUUACACCAGCUCUGUCAGAAGGAAUGGGCCAAAAUUCACCCAACUUAUUGUGGGAAGCUUGUGGAAGGCUACCCGAAACGUUUGACCCAAGUUAAACAAUUUAUAGGCAAUACUACCAAAUACUAAUUGAGUGUAUUUAAACUUCUGACCCACUGGGAAUGUGAUGAAAGAAAUAAAAGCUGAAAUAAAUCAUUCUCUCUACUAUUAUUCUGACAUUUCACAUUCUUAAAAUAAAGUGGUGAUCCUAACUGACCUAAGACAGGGAAUGUUUACUACAAUUAAAUGUCAGGAAUUGUGGAAAAACUGAGUUUAAAUGUAUUUGGCUAAGGUGUAUGUAAACUUCCCACUUGUAAUUGUAUGUCCAUUCAUUCAUUCAUUCAUAUGAUUUUCUCUCUCUCUAUCUUUUUAGUAAUUCUGAGGGAGAGGAGAAUCUACGUCAGAGGAAGAUGCAGCUGCCCUUCAGCUUCACCACCGGGGAGGCCCUGCUGUACGAGACCGGCCCCACUCUGGACGCCACUGAGUUCCAAACCAACCCCCCAAAGAUCCGCAAGGUGGAGUCUCUGGACCCCCAGUCUCUGUUGGGCUCCUUACUGAAGCAGGACGAGUCCAUCUACACCCAGCCCCAGGAGCCUCAGCUACCCAUAGACCAGGUAUUCAUGGACAGCCGAGCGCUGACCAACGUGGCCUGUAACUCCUGGCAGAGUAUCAUGGAGGCCCAGGGGCCCGACGGGGAUGAUGAGGGUGACGGCCCCAGGGAGGUCAAGCAGGAGGGGGCGUUGGUGGCCAUGAUCGACACCCUGGAGAAGAUGGCGCGGGAUGGGGAGCUGUGUGCGGCGCUGCAGGGGAGGGGCGUGGAGCUGAUGGAGUGGGAGAGCGUCCUCCUCAGGCUGAGCCAGGACUCCAACGGGAGCGGGAGCGGGGACACCCCCCUAGAUCUGGAUGACAUCAUGACCAACGACAUCUUCUCUUAUGUGGAGGACACCUUGUUCAAGGAGAGCAGCGAGGGGAUCGGUUACCAGCCCAACUGCUCCACCAUGGUCAACAACAACCCUAACCUGUUCACAGGGGUGCUCAACAACAACAACCAGGGUGGACCAUUCACAGGAGUGGUCAGCCCUACAGGUGCCGGACAGUGCAAGCCUGGGUUGCUUAACAACUGCAGCUUUUUCCAUAAUGGCUCCCCAGUGAACGGUCUAAAUGGUAUCAGCCACAGUCAGAUAACAGGCAACAGAGCAGUUGGUUUGGCAGGACAGAACCAGGCAGGACAGAUCCAGGCAGGACGGAACCAGGCAGGACAGAACCAGGCAGGACAGAUUCAGGCAGGGCAGAACCAGGCAGGACAGAACCAGGCAGGACAGAACCAGGCAGAACAGAUCCAGGCAGGACAGAAUCAGGCAGGACAGAACCAGGCAGGACAGAACCAGGCAGGACAGAUCCAGGCAGGACAGAACCAGGCAGGACCACAGCAGGUGUUCAAGAGAACCCAGAGGCUCUCCCACUUCGGCCCCCAGAUCCCCCAGAUUCUCCAGACGGGCCUGAACAUCCCCACCCUGCAGCAGCUACAGCUCAACGACAUCGUCAGCCCCUCUCUGGAGCUCCCAGAGCUCAAUAUCCCACACAGCUCAGGCCAGAAUGGGUCUGUCACGUUUAGCAUGGUUGGAUCCUGUGCUCAGGCACCAAACAACCACAUGGGAAGCCCUCAGAUCAUCGCUGGCCAGGUCCAAUCUAACCAGCCACCUCCACAGCAUUUCCCUCAUAAUGGCUUGCCAGCUGCAAUGGCACCAAACGUACCAGAGAAGAUCUCUGUUCCACAGUCCAACCAUGUAGCACCUAUUCUGAUGGAUGCUUGGGCAUCCUUGAUUCCUAGUAAUGGCUUUGUUUCACCCCAGAUUGAAUCUAGCAAUCUCAAUCAAUCGAAUCCCCUUCUGACUGCUUGCCUGCAGGGAAACAGUGCACCAUUUCAGUCACUCAAAACCCAGAAAGUACAGCAGUGGCCCCAGAACCAGAACCAGCACCAGCAGCAGCAGCUGCCACCCCCCGUCAGCACAAUGCAGGAUGGAACAAUGCAGAAUGGACACCGAUUCAUCCCAGACUGUCACAGUCAAGCCACAGAGACCCAAAGAGUCCCUCUCACAGGCCUUUGGCCACAGAACACCAACGGAUUAUACCACCAACUCCAGCAGGGGGGAUUGGCCAACGGCCAGCCUGCUCCAUCCAGCAGCUGCAUGUUUGAGAAUGUCUCACCCCCCCUCCCCAACGGAAACAGCCACGUGGAUGGCACCAGGCUGCCCCCCACUUUGUCUGUGUGCCAGAGAAGGAUAGGUGACCACCAGGACCAGAGUCCUCCCCAGGGAUCCUGCUACUUCCAGUGGGGCCCCAGUGAGCCGGUGGUGGGCACGUCAGCCAUCAUCCAGGACAAUGCCAGAAUCAGCUCCCUGUCUCACCCGCUGGUGGCCAACAUCACCACCCCUGAGGACCUACUGGCCAUGCAGCAGUGCCUGGCUGGAUGCAACAGAGUCGGACAGACACAGGUAACUAAGCCCCCUCUCUCCCUGUGGUGUAACUGUUGUGGAUGGAGCACUGAGUUUUCCUUACUACAUAACCUGGUUCUACUGGUCAAGUCACGUGGUUAGGAAAACUCAGGGCCCUAACUAGUUAUGAAGUCAUUUCUUGAUAUUAAUAAUUGUUACUUUAUGAAACAAGCCAGGCUCUAUUUGUCAUACUUUUUCCCCAACAGAUCCCAAGCCUUCCUGUAGUCGACAGCAAUGGAACAUUCUCCUUACCCCCCCUUGUCAAUGGAACCAUGUGCUUUACAGAGCACAACCAAACCAACUAUUGCGACUUCUAA